AUGGCUGAAAGCCCCGUCCCCGUCAAAAAGCAAUUCGUCUGCGAGUGCGGCCGCGAGUACAUUCGCAAAGAGCAUUUGCAGCGCCACAAAGCCACACACGGCCGGCCCUCGUUCACUUGUCCUGCGUGCGACAGGUCCUUCACUCGGCUUGAUUUGCUCCGGCGACACUCAAAAAUUCAUGGCGCGGUAGUGCCCGACUCUCGCAAAGAACCGGCCUGCGAUGCCUGUCACGCCAGCAAGAUCAAAUGCGACGGAGGCAGCCGGUGCUCCCUCUGUCGCAAACGCGACAUCGAGUGUACUUAUCAGCGCGCCAAUCUCGCGCGGCGGGUGAUUGAGGCCAAUCCUGAUGUCGUCUUUGAUCUCAGCGGCGGCAACUUUUCCGCCAACAGGACGCCGUCUACCACAAGUCAGCACAGUGCGCCGGUCGCCAGUGCCCCCCGAAGCGUGCGCGCAAACAGCCAGACCAGCAGCAGUCCCGUAAGCGAUGCCUCGUCGCCACCGAUUUUUACCGCGCCGACACACGUGACCCCGUUGGAGGCAUCCUGGAACGAACGCACCAAGGCCGGUACGCGGGUUAUUGCUCACGCCAUGGGUGUUCUACGCGAUGGCGGCGACAGCGAUGCGUUGUCGAACCCUUCACCGAACAUGAAGGACUGGCUGGACGACUGCUUCAGAUCCUACUUUGGGCAGUUCCACGAGACCUGGCCCAUUCUACACGCCCCGGCGUGCGAGGACGACCCAAUUGAAUAUGUGCCGCUGGCGGCCUCAAUCGCCAUCAUCGGCGCAUGGCGUCAAGUCACGGACCCGGGCGCUAUGCAAAUGAUUUUUGCCAUUCAUCAAAUUUUGAUGCAGUACUUGUUUGCACAACUGACGCGUUUUACGUUCGACUCUGGCAAUCCCUGGCCAAUCGAGCUAUAUCAGACUAGCCUGUUGAAUGCUAUAUUUGCAUUCGAGAUAGGAAAGUGGUCCUUCAUACCAAGGGGUAGGAUGCUCCAUGUGGCGGUAUCGACAAUUCUGCGACAAACAAACAUGUUUAACAGCGAAAGCGCCAUACACCAUCAACGGAGGCACUAUCCCAGCAACUUCAUGCCGUGGAUCUUUGGAAAGCAUGACUCUUGGAAGAGGCUUGCGACGAGUGCCGUCAAGUUGGACCGCGACAUUGCACUUUUGUACAACCAACCUCCGUUUAUCCACAAUGAGGAGCUGAAUCUGCAGCUCUCAUCCUCCUUUGCAUUGUGGAACGCACACGGGCUCCACGUCUUAUCCCAGCGUCUUCCGCGGGAGCUCACCCAGCGCCAGGAGUAUCGGAUAUCGCAGCUCAUGACUAUGACGGAUGCCAAUCUCCCCUUUCCCCUCUUCGCCGAGGACGUGGAGCUCGUCCUCCUGGGCGCGGCCAACAACGUGUGGACCUACCGCCGGCAGUUUGCCGCCUCGACGCCCGCCGACCUGGCCGGCCAGCGCAUCCACAUCAUGAUGCAGCUCGAGCUGUGCAAGCACCAGCUCAACCGCAUGUACAGCAUCCAGAGCUUCCCCAAGAACCACACGGCGGAGCUCGAGGUCAUGCUGACGGCCUACUACGGGCGCGAGGACGAGGAGACGAGCCCCGUGCUGCUGACCGAGGCCAUGCGGCGCUUCUCCCAGGCCACCUUUAGCGCCGCCGUGCUGCACAGCCUCCUCGAGCUGCACAUGUGCGCCGACGUGCAGCAGCUCGUCGACGUCACCUCGGGCCUCUACGACGGCAACGAGCUCUACACGGACAUGGUGCUGCAGAAGCAGGCGCGCAUCGCCGAGUGGGUUGGCAGCAUCGACGCCCGCGCCGCCGUCAUCCGCGCCGUCACCAUCCUGCGCUUGUACGAGGAGCACGUCGCCAACACGGGCAACGCCAACAACCGGUGCCUCGACCCCAUUGUGCAUGUUGCGCUGCUUGCCGCGGCGGUGGUGGCGCGCGCGUGGGCCGAGGGCGUCCUUCAGGAAUGCAUCUGCGCCGUCGCGAUGCCGACGCUGGAACUCGGCGGCAUGCCCGGCCUACCGGACGACGGAGCGCCGGCGGUCGUGUCGUGGAAGGCGACGGGCGGCCGGCUGCAGUAUCACGGCGUCGCGCUGUGCCGCUGCAACUUGCCGAGCUGGCGGGAGCGGUUCGCAAGAGGGCUUCCAGAGGGAGGCUGGCGGCAGCGCAUGGAUAGAAACUGGCCGAUGCUAUAA